AUGUCCACCUUUAAAGGGGAUGCAACAGGAUCGGACAAGACCUCUGAAGAUUCUGGUCGAAAAAGAAAACUUCCAAAACCUUCCUCAUUUGAUCAUCUUCCUGAUGAUGUGGUUUUGAAAAUAUUUUCUUAUCUUCCCAGUGAUCAUUUGUGCCGCUGUUCACGUGUGAGUAGACGUUGGUACGAGUUUGUUUGGGAGCCAUUUUUAUGGACUAAAAUUGUGAUAAAUAACAGUGUUAUAGACAUUGAUAAAGCUAUUAAGAUAUUAACAAAAAGACUAAGUUAUAAUACUCCCUAUGUUUGUGUUAUACUAGAAAGAGUCAAUCUGAACGGUUGUGAAAUGUUAACAGAUAAAGGUCUCUACACUAUUGCCAAGCGAUGUCCAGAACUACGUCAUUUACAACUACAAGGCUGUCAUAAUAUCAGUAACAUGGCUGUAUUUGAACUGGUGUCCAAUUGUGUUAAUCUUGAACAUCUUGAUUUAUCAGGUUGUCCGUCUGUUACGUGUAUAAGUUUAUUAGAUGGUGGAUUAUCCCAUGGUGCACCUAGACAUCAACAACAGAUCUAUCUUCGCUAUUUAGAUAUGACAGAUUGUUUUGCACUAGAUGAUGAUGGAUUAGGAGUCAUUGCUAUGCAUUGUUCACAAUUACAAUUUUUAUAUCUACGAAGAUGUGUUCAACUCACUGAUGAAUCUAUGCAAUAUCUAGCGAAUUAUUGUAGUACUUUACGUGAACUAAGUGUAAGUGACUGCCGAAAUAUUACAGACUUGGGUUUACGAGACCUCUCGAAAUUAGGAGAUAAUUUGCGUUAUCUCAGUGUUGCUAAAUGUGACCGCAUGUCAGAUGUUGGUGUUCGUUAUUUAGCUAAAUUCUGUUCUAAAUUACGCUAUUUAAAUGUGAGAGGAUGUGAAGGGGUAUCAGAUGAAUCUUUGGAACUACUUUCUGCCAGUUGUCCGAGACUACGAUCAUUAGAUGUAGGAAAAUGUGAUAUUUCUGAUCAAGGUUUAGUAGUGCUAUCUCAGAACUGUCCUCAAUUACGAAAAUUGAGUUUGAAAGCCUGUGAUUCUAUAACAGACAAAGGUGUUGUUCAGCUAGCGUAUUAUUGUCGAGGACUACAACAAUUAAAUAUACAGGACUGCAAUAUAUCAGUGGAAGGUUAUAAAAGAGUAAAGCGGUACUGUAGACGGUGUAUCAUUGAACAUACUAAUCCAGCUUUUUAUUAA